UCACUUGCCCCGCCCCCCCGCACGCGCCCUCUUCCCCCCCCGCCCCGCCCCUCAUCAGGCGAGGGUCAAACAUGGCGGCGCACUUCAAGAUCGGCGAGCUCGUCUGGGGCAAGAUGGGCAAGUACCCGCCGUGGCCGGGCAAGAUUGUGAAGCCACCAAAAGACAUGAAGAAGCCAAAAGGAAAACCUUGUUAUUUUGUUAAGUUUUUUGGAACCGAAGACCAUGCCUGGAUCAAAGUGGACCAGCUGAAGCCUUUUCAGCCACACAAGGAGGACAUGGUAAAGGCGAACAAGAGCAAGCGCUUUCUACAGGCCCUCGAUUCUGUGGAGGAAUUUAUUAACAAAAAGAAGGCGGCAGCAAGUGGUGAGACAGCCAAACGGGGGAAAAAGGAGGAGCAAAAAGAAGAGAAAAAUGUUUCGCCCAAAAAAUCCCCUGCGGGAAAGAAGGUACCCGAGGUCUUGACAACAACUGCAAUUGGGCCGGCCGCUAUUAUCAAGCGCACGCAUGUUAAGGAUGACCCCCACUUUAGACAUUUCCUCCUGAGCCAGUCAGACAAGCAGCCCAGUGGAAGCGCGAGCAGCUUCCACGCAGCGCCGCCUCCCAGCACUCUGCAGGCUGCAUGCGCUGUGAGUGCCCUGCAGGCCGUACAGAGCCCGUCCUCCCUCCAGGUAGUCGGGAGCCCAAGCUUGACCGAGGCACCAGCGACGGAAGUCGGUGUAAGCCUUCUGCAGUGUGCAGGAGAUGCGAGCAACCCGCAACCGCCUCCUCUCAACGGCGGCUCCUCUGAAACGUCAUCUGAAUCCCCCCAGCUUGGAGGGAGUGCAGUGGAAUUUGCUGUAAAGUCAGAGCACCUUACCACAGCGUCCGAGACAGGGGCCACGAACCAUGUCACACUGGGCAUGCCACUCGCAUCUGUCCAGGCGGCAGAUACUACCGCAGCAAAUGGAAACAUCACGCCCAUCGACAAACGGAUAGGCUUCCUGGGACUUGGCCUCAUGGGCUGUGGAAUGGUCCAGAAUCUGUUGAAGACUGGCCACAAUGUUACUGUUUGGAGUAGAACGGCUAGUAAGUGCGACAUAUUUGUGCAAGAUGGAGCCUACCUUGGAAGAACGCCUGCGGAGGUUGUGUCCUCCUGUGACAUCACCCUUGCUUGCAUUGCUGAUCCUGCAGCUGCUAAAGAGCUGGUUCUGGGGCCCAGUGGAGUACUGCAGGGGAUUAGACCUGGGAAGUGCUACGUAGACAUGUCUACAGUGGAUCCAGAGACGGCUGUUGACAUUUCAGAGGCUGUAACGCUGCGUGGCGGUCGGUACUUGGAGGCGCCCGUGUCAGGAAACAAGCGCUUGUCGGAGGACGGCGGUCUGCUUGUGCUGGCCGCGGGGGACCGUGCUCUCUAUGACGAGUGCAAUAGCUGCUUCCAGGCCAUCUGCCGGCGUGCCUUCUACCUCGGCGAAGUGGGCAGCGCGGCGCGGAUGGCCUUGGUGGUCAACAUGAUCUUGGGAAGCUUCAUGACGUCCUUGGCAGAGGGCUUCUCCCUGGCACAGCGAUGUGGUCUCUCCCAGCAAACCCUGCUGGAUGUCCUGAGCCUGGGUCCCAUUGGAAGUUCGCUCGUGGAACAGAAGGGGCUUGGAAUUUUACAAGGCGAUUACGAGCCCAACUCCUCCCUGAAGCAUGUACAGAAGGACCUGAGGCUGGCCCUCGCAAUGGGCGAUAUGCUGCACCAACAAACCCCCGUGGCAGCUGCUGCCAAUGAGAUGUUCAAAAAGGCCAAAUCACUGGACCAGUCAGAAAAUGACAUGUCAGCUGUGUAUCGGGUGUACGAGUAGGAAAGUUAUUUUUAGACUGAACAAGACUACUGCAUUCCUUACACCGCUGCAGCUGAGCGCAGCUUUUUCUUUUUUCCUUUCGAGCAUACACUUCUUUGUACAGUACGGUAUUGUAUCGUUAACAACUUGAUGUAGUGGUGUUUUUAUUUACGCUGUUUCAGUUAAAACAUUGACACCAGGCAGUAUCAUUACAUACUGAUGUGUUCUUGAGAUACCAGGCAUAUUCAUGUUAUACCCGAGGUAUGCUCAAGCUACCUGGUAGUUCAUAAUAAUAAACCCCGUGGAAUGUUUCACAAAUGCCAGGGUUAUGCUUCUCAAGCAGAAUACAGUUAAGUUAAUGUUUUCAUUUAAGUUAAGGCAUUGCAAGUUGCGUAAAAAAAAGUGCAUUGUUAAUUUAAUAUUUGACAUUAACUUAAAAUAGUGAAUAAUUCGGCAAAAUGUUAUUUGCUUUUCAUUUCAUAGGGUUUUAAACAUUUUUAACAGCUGUCAAAUAGGCAUAUAUGUGUAUUAGUGCUAAGCUACUGACAGCCUACAGUACAUGUAACUGUUAAUUUCAGGAUUAUCGAAUGAGUACAGAUUUUUGUGAUAAAGUGUUUUUUGGCUUGAUGUGAGCCUUGGAAGACGAUUGCCACCUUUUUUCAAUUUAGUAAUUUAAAAACAAAUGUAUCGUUAAUGAAUAUCUUUGGUUUUCUUGCAUAUGAAUAGCUCAAUGAUUAAAUUACCGUGCUACGUAAUAAAAGUGUCACAACUGAA